UUGUAACAAUAUUGUCACACAUCAACUAGAGUAACAACAUGCAAACGCACAUCAGUUAACUGUUUUGUUUAACUCUAAUUAAAAAUUUGGCAUAUUUUAAGACCACCUAAACAGCAUUCAAAUAUUAAGUAUGUAGCCCUUAUAUUACUGUUACCUGUAGACAUAAACCUCUGGGAUAAUUGUAAAAUGCAGUGGUAUAUAGAAAAUGAUUAAAACUGAUUGAAAUUUUAUACAUUUAUCGAACUUUUUUUUCCCCCUCCAUGUCAGAUGAGAUGCCAUUAGUUUCGAGCAUUUUGCUGGGAAUCCAAUUAGUAGGAAGUAUGGGAGGCAUGCCUUAAUGACUGCAGUUCCUAAUGUAUGGAAUUAGACUCUCUCCCUCAAAUGUUGGUUGUGGUGACAAACUGAUCUGUAGUGCAGCCUGAGGUCGAGGUUAGGUUGAAAGGUGACAAUUUGGUUAAUUGGUGAAGACAACAAAUGUGAAAACAAAAUGAGGGUGGUUGUAACAAACUGAAGAUUGUGUAGCUUAGUGUUUAUGUCUGAGACACAUUGAAACAUACAACGUGGGUGAAGGUUUAUUUUGCAUGAAAUGAUUUGGUCUAUGUUAAGAGUGUUUGGGUCAGUCUGAAGAAUAAAUCACUGCUUCAGUUAUGAGUUGUCUGCUGUUCACAAGUGUUAGAAUUGUUCAGCUGUGAAAACUGUCCUAAGCUUGAUUCUGGAAAAAGAAUUAGCGAGUGCUACUGUGUUGGGAAGUGAUGCAUAGCAUGUGCUAAGCACCAUGGUCUGUUGAGACAUAAGCUCCAAUUACAAUGGGUCUUCACACUGCACAUGCAUUCAGAACGUUGCACAGCACACUUCAUAUCUGCUCCUUUUGUGGAAAAAAGAUGUGCACUUUUAAGAGGAUGGGACAAACAACAUACAAUUUAUGCUGUCAAGCUCUAAAUCUCCUGGCCAAGUCUGUCAGAAGAUGUGGUUCUUGUUAGGUACAUACAAGAUAUGUGUAGGUGGCAAUUUAUUUGGUUUCCAACUGAGCAACAUAUUUUGAUCCUCUGUGACAUCAGGUGGAUGAAAUUGACCUCACUUUCACAACAUGAAGUCCAGUUCCUGUACAAUAUACUAUGUUUGUGAUUGCUUGUGAUGCAGUUGAUGGAGAGGUUAUCAGCUCCAUAGGAAAAGGAUUAUGUGUUCUUGUCGGAAUUUCAAGAGAUGACACAGAGGCAGAUAUGGAGUACCUAGCUCGUAAACUCUUAAAUCUUCGAAUAUUUGAAGAUGACAAUGGAAAGAGGUGGAAUCUAAGUGUAAGAGAUAAAAACUUAGAAAUCCUGUGUGUCAGUCAGUUCACACUGUAUCAUGUACUAAAAGGUAACAAACUAGACUUCCACUGUGCAAUGCCUGCAGAGAGCUCAGAGGAAUUUUAUAACCAAUUUCUUAAACUGCUGAGAACUCAGUACAAGGAUGAUUUUGUAAAAGAUGGAAAGUUUGGUGCUUACAUGACCGUGAACAUUGAGAAUGAUGGACCUGUAACAGUCGAACUUGAAUCUCCCUCAAAGAAAAGUAAAGAGGGUGAUGGACAAAACUAAUUUUAAAUUGGAUUGUUAUUCUUAUUUCUGUAAUUUAAGAAUAAAUUUCUGAAAUGGAGAUUACAUAAAAUAUGGAAA